AAAAACACCGUCGGCAGAUUCACUUCAUUCACCACACAGUUGAGGUUUUAUUCACACAAGAGUUGAGAUGUCAGCCACUACCGCGAGCUUCCAGCUGAGUGAGGAGCAGCUGCUGUGCGGAAUCUGUCUGGACGUGUUCGUCGAUCCCGUCACGCUCCUGUGUGGUCACAACUUCUGCAAAGCAUGCAUCACCGAGAACUGGGACACCAACAUCCGAUGCGAGUGUCCAACCUGCAAGUACCCGUUCUACAAGAAGAUGGACCUGCACGUCAACAAGUUCAUUGCCGAGAUGGCGACGCAGUUCCGGCUUUUGGCCGGACAGAACUCCAGCGGUCCCGAGCUGAAGCCGGGCGAAGUCCCCUGCGACAUCUGCACCGACUCCAUAAAGCCGGCGUUGAAGUCGUGCCUGGUGUGCUUGGCCUCGUACUGCGAGACGCACCUGGAGCCACAUCUGUCGGCGCCGCGCCUCAAGAAGCACCAGCUCAGCGAGCCCAUGGACAACCUGGAGGGACGCAUGUGCAGGAUGCACGACAAACCCCUGGAGCUCUUCUGCAGGACCGACCAGGUCUGCGUGUGCAUGCUGUGCCCGCUCCUGGACCACAAGUCGCACGAGGUGGUCCCGCUGAAGGAGCAGUUCGAGAGGAAGAAGUCUGAGCUGGGCCGGAAAGAGGCGGAGAUCCACCGCUUGAUCCAGGAGAGACGCACCAAGAUUCAGGAGAUCCAACAUCUGGUGAUGAGGAGCAAGGAGAGAGCGGACAAAGAGAUGAAGGACGGGGUCCAGGUUUUCUCCGCCAUGAUCCAGAAUUUCGAGCGAGCACAGGCGGAGCUCAUCGGGUCCAUUGAGGAGAAGCGGAAAGCCAUCGAGGACCAGGCCGGGGACUACAUCCAGCAGCUGGAGGAGGAGAUCUCUGAGCUCCUGAGGAGACGCGCCGACUCCGAGUCCCUGUCGCGCUCCAAAGACAGCCUCCACUUCCUCCAAGCUUUCUCCUCUCUCGAAGCUUUCAGCGCCUCCAGAGACUGGUCCGAGGUCCGCGUGGACGAGCCCCUGUUUGAGGGGAUGGCGAAGGCGGCGGUGCUGCAGAUGAAGGAGAGCCUCGGCACCAACAUGAAGGAGCUGCUCAGGAAGGCCGAGCUUGGCCGGGUCCAGCAAGCCGCGGUGGAGGUGACCUUCGACCCUAACACAGCACAUUCGGCUCUGGUGCUGUCGGGCCGCGGUACGAAGGUUCACCAUGACGCGGUGAAGAAGAAGCUUCCAGACAUCGCCGAGAGGUUUAAUCCCAGCUGCUGCGUCCUGGGGAGGCAGGGCUUCUCUUCCGGGAAGUUCUACUUCGAGGUGGGCGUGGCGGGGAAGAGCCGGUGGACUCUGGGCGUGGCCAAGCAGUCCAUCAAAAGGAAAGGCAUCGUCCCGCUGUGCCCUGAAAACGGCCACUGGACCAUCUGGCUGAAGAACGGCGAUGAGUACGCCGCGCUCGUCGGUUCUCCUCUGCCGCUGUCACCUGGUUCCCCGCCGGAGACGAUCGGCGUGUUCGUGGACUACGACGACGGACUCGUGUCCUUCUACGACGCGGACUCCGCGGAUCUCCUUCACUCCUUCACCGGCUGCAACUUCACUGAGAAGCUCUACCCGUUCUUCAGCCCCGGCCUCAAUAACGACGGCGCUAACGCCGCCCCUCUUGUCAUCACUCCCGUCGGUGGCUCGACCACUUCACGGCUGAUUUGAGGCAAACACCGAAGCAAGACGAACACAAACUGUCCUCUAGUUUGAUGCCAUCAUGGUGGUUUGAAGCGAAAGCGAUGCUAAUGCAGAAGGACUGUGGCGUUUGGAGGCUUAUAUAAGAGCGUAUCUGAUUCCAGCAUAUAACAGGUUGGGGAAAACAUAAGGAGUGAGACAAACGGCGGGACGCUCGUGUCUUCUGCUUGAACUCACACAGCAGCAUUUCUUUCAGCAUUCCUGCUGCUGCCUGUCAAACAGACCUGCUGCUGCUCUUCAUCCUCCUCGCCUUCCUCACGCCUGCCGUCUGCUCCAUCAUGAGAGCACUCGGCUCAUUUCUGUUUGAACAUCUGUGGAGAGGAAACCUUUCUCUUUGAUUCUCAGUAAAGCAUCAGUGGAACAGAAAGCAUGACCUCUGGAGCAGAUCUGGAGGGUUUGCCACAGUUUGCGCCUCCUCCUGCUGCUGUCCUGCACCGCCAUCUGCUGGAGAACACGGAGAACUCCUCCUGCAGGACGCCACAGUGAAGGCUCAUUCCACAAGCUGGAAUUUACUGAAAAACAUGAUUCACAAAUGACACAAAAGUUUAUUUUUUAGUUUAAUAUUUUUUAAAUUUUCAAGAAUGAGUGAAAAGUAUACAGAGAAAAACACCAACGAAGAAGAGGAGGUGGAGGGAAAAGUCUGCAAGGAGGAAUCGAUCAGGGUUACAAGAUGAAGGAGGUGAAGCAGGAGGUGCAUAGAGUAGGAGGUGUCGAAGGUUUUGAAGCAGUAGAAUGAGGUGUGGAGAAAGCAGCAGGUAUAGAAGUCGCUGGAGGUGUAGGAGUGUGAGGAGGCGUGGAAGGUGCAGAAUGCGUGGGAGAAGAUGUAAAAGGUGAAGGAGGAGGUGGAGAAGAGGCGCAAAGUGUAGAAACAGUAAAAGGUGUCGACGGAAUUUUCUUUGAAAGUCUUCACUUCUUCCUUCUGUGUCUGUCUUUGUUUUUACAAGUUUGAUGAACUUCUCCACUGACCAAGCUGCCCUGGCAGAAAAGCUGCUGGACGUAAGAACUUAUGUCUAUAUUUAGACUAUUUGAAGUUUUUUCUUUGUCUUUUAUUUAAAGGGGCUGUAUCAUGCAAAAUUCACUUUUUGUAUGUUUUAACCUUGUUACAUAGUUAUGUACUCAGCA